AUGGCCGGAUUCACUCCCAUCAACGCGUCCGCCUCAGGAGGCAUUGCAUCCUCGCAAAGCCAAUUCGAAGGAAGCAGAGAAGCGUCUGACCAGCAUCCCACGAGAACCGUUGCCUCGGAGUACCUUGGUAGAAAGGAAGAUCUGCCUGCUGCGCCUCUCCCCAAAAAGAUCCAUACCAAAGGCAAAAAGCGGGCGGCAACUGCAGGCGAUGCUGGCAAAACUAACAAGCGACGACGUUCGAGCAACAUCGACGACAGACUUCACGUCACCAAGUCUCGUGGUCAAGAUGAGAAAUCCAGCAAGCCGGACUGUACUGACAAGCCUGCGAAGUCUUCCAAGCCCAAGAAAAAGACAGCGGCAUGCAAACAGCCCAAGAAGAGUUCGGGCACGGUAAGUUCAAGCAAUGCUGAGGCCGGCAUGCCCAUGACCAAGCCUGUCUCGGUUUAUGCUCAAACAACGUCGAUGGAUGCGCUCGAUUCAACAUCAGCAGCACGCACCUCUUUUGACUCUGUCAGAGCCAAUGCUGGCCAGAGCUUCACUCUGUACCAGGGACCAUCUUCGAACUCGUCCUUUCAUUCCAACGUUCUAUUUUCUCAGCCUUUGCUGACACCGGUUUCCAACACAUGUCCACAUGGCUCGCACGCGAACGCAGGAGCCACUGACGAAGCCGAAAUUGGCGAUGACUUUACCCUGCUGUCUUCAGAUGACGAUAUUCUCGGCGCAGAAGUUGAUUUAAACUUGAAGAUUUCAAAGCAACCUCACCUGCCAGACAGGAAGAAGGAUACUGCAAGUUCAAGAGCAUCAAUCACUGAAGAUGGCAACCGACGUACCACUCGGCAGAAGAAGGCUGUCAAUUAUGCAGUUGAACAAAGCUUCCCAUCAAUUGAUGAAGUGCAGGACAUCCAGUUGGAAGCACCAGACAAAGCGAAAACAAAGUCACCAAGAAGGCGAAGCACAGCAACCCUUGGCGGCGAAGAUGACUUUGGUGAUAUACCCGAAGACGAAGUGGUAGAACUAACAAAGGAGGUCGAGGAGGCUGUCGAGGAAGGUCGACCAGUUACGCCACCGCCGCGUAAUCGAAAGCAGGACAUGCGCGAGGUAGAUGAGCAUGAGGACUAUGAGGGUGCACUCUUGUCCGACGCGGAGCGGAAGCUGCUCGCCAAGAUGAAAAACGCCAGCGAGGGCAAGAUCAAACCAAUCGUCCGCAAGCCAUUUCUACCAGCUGUGCUCGACAGAUCGCCCAUCUUUGGGGCUUCCAAGAGCACUGUCGUCCGCACCUCAUUCCGACUUGGUGAAGCCUUGAACUUUGGUGCUCAGGCAGUACGAUGCAAUGAAAACGCCAUCAUCGAGCUGUAUGCUAGAGCCACAGUCUCCAGGCGAGAGGGCCGAAAACAGCACUUUGUCUUCAAGGACCUCUAUCACGACAACCCGCCGUAUCUGGAAGGCACCUACGAACUUUGGGACCAAGCUCGACUGUGGGAUCUCGACAGCAAGCCGUUUCUCAAAGCCAGAGGUCCCGGUAUCCUCAGCCGCGUGAUCGCUCGCAUGAAGCGUGAAAGCCAGAAGUGGCGACUUGAGAUAUUGAAUGUGUGGGAAGCAAGCUGGGGAGAUGUGAAUUACGUGGCGGGAAUCUACACUGGCGAGGUGUAUGAGGAGGACGAGUACAACAUUUGA